AUGGAGAAUAAUAAAAUUCAACAAUUUCAAACAUCAUCGACCUAUUACAUGAAAGUUUUCGAAGCACUUCAAUGGCUUAGACAGAAUAAUGCUCUAUAUCGUAAUGUUACAAUUAAUCAAUCAAUAAUCAGCAAAUUACCUGAAGAUGAUGUACCGGAGUGUUUAUGGGCAACCAUGGAAGUUUCUACUAAUGUAGAAGCAGCUGAAAAUGAAAGAGCAAGUUACCUUCCUGAUCCGUUGACCAAUGCAUCUGAAUUUAACAAUACAACAGCUAUACCUAUAAUCUCAAGUGCUGUGUUAGAUGUCAAUGGUACCAAAGUGUCGUCUGAUGAAGUUGCUGAACAUCUUUUAGAACGAAUCAAAGCACAAGUGCCAGAAAAAACACACGGAAAAGACACCGAGCAAAACUCUAAACAAGACACUGUAUACAUAAUUCCUCGUGGCAACAAACCGGCCAAUGAAUAUUCUAAUCCAAAUCUUUUAUUAGGAAUCUUUCCCACCCUAUUCCCAUAUGGAUGUGGUGGGCUUGAGGAUGGUUCUCGACCGAUUCAAAUCAAUUUUCGUGAGCAUCUCAGAUAUCUUCUUUCGUAUGCAGAUCGCCGCUUUGAAGAACACUACUCAUUUAUAUUUGUUGUCUUCAAUAUUUUACAACGUCGAACAGCAUGUUUCCACGCCCAAUUAAUGACAACAAGAUCGUGGUUUCAACAAUCUGCACAAGUUCUUAACUCAUCGAGUUCUGAAGAUGUAGCAGCAGCCCUUAUUAAUAUCUCAAAAGCGCCUUAUUCAAAAGUUACUGACGAGAGAAUAAAUACGUUGAUGAAGCACAUCAAAAUUAUUGGUGGUCACGUCAUGGGUUCAGCUCAUUCCCGAUCAGCUCUUCAUGAAACCAACGACGGAACAAGUACGACAAGCGAUGAUAGAACAUUAAUUGGACAAAUUGGAUCGACAGCAAGUGAAGUUAUACCACCAUGUCUCCCGACACCAAAUCCUGCAUUGGAAGACUUCGAUCAAACGUUUCGCAAAGAUGCAGUUCAAUUGGUCGAAAUCUGCAAUAUUCACAAGCAUUCUGCAGCUUGCUAUAAAUAUUCUAAAGGCAAAAAUGAUAGUUCAAAAAGGUGUCGAAUGGACAUGCCACGCGCACUAGUGAAUGUUUCUAAUAUUGACCUUACAACAGGUCAGAUAACUAUGCGUCGAUCACAUCCGUGGAUCAAUAACUUUAAUGAAUGGUUUUUAAGUGCGUGCCGAUCGAAUAUGGACAUUAAAUUCAUCUGGAGUGGAAACGACGCCAAAGCAUUAGUCUACUAUAUAACUGAUUAUGUAACAAAGUCUACUCUGGCCUUUCACGAUAUGUUUGCGCUCGCACAACAAGGUAUCAAAUCUAUUGAGCAGGAACGAACUUCUAAUACCACAGAUAAUAUCGUUGACAAAUCGCGUAAACUAGUGUUGCGCUGCUUCAAUAUGAUUGCUUCACAACAAGAAGUUUCAGGUGUUCAAGUUGCAUCAUAUCUGAUGAACUAUGGUGACCACUACACUACACAUACGUUCAAAAAUCUUUUUCUUAUUUCAAUCGAAACCUAUCUACAAACAGAACUAAAUAAAGCACGAAUUAACGAAAAAGAAAUUGUUGAAGAGAGAAUAGAUGGUAGAACUUUUUAAAAUAAUUGUAUAGAUUUUUAACAUGUUGUUUUCUAGAGACUUCAACGCCUUACUACGAUGAACAAGGAGAAGAUAAAAACGAAAUCGAAGAACAAUUUUUAUUAGAACCCACAAAAACCAACAACGGCGAUCAGUAUGUCUUGGUCAAUACUCGUCUUGAUUAUCAGCAUCGAUCAAAGGAUCUUAGUGCAGUGUGUUUAUAUGAUUUCGUCAGCCAUUUUCAUAAGAAGGUUAUCGACAAAUCGGAUCGUCGUUUACUAAAGAAUGUAACCAAUUCUCAAGGCCAACAAUUACCUACAGAAGGAACGAAAAUAAAUGAACAUCAUACAUUUGACAGCGCACAUCCGCAAUCAUUAUCUCAUCUCAUAAUUAAACGUUCCAUUCCAGUAGUACCAGUCCUGAUAGGUCCUCAAAUACCUCCCCGCGAACGAGAAGAAACGCAUGAACGUUAUUGUCGCGCAUUGUUAACAUUAUUCGUUCCAUG